CUCCAAGGUGUGGUCAACAUGCCCCAAAAGGCUGAAGGCGAGCCAGCCAGCACCAUCGAGAUUGGGAGAAUCGACUUCCCCGACUACGUCCCGGACGCUGAGGGCUCCGCGUGGAUGAAGCGGGUUCAUCUCUAUGUCGGACAGCACCAGCGCCUCACGGGGGAGGUCAAGAAGCUGCCGAAAGCUAUGGCUGUGGUGCGUCGGAGGGAGAACGCCACUGUUACUGGCUCUGGGGGUGAGUCGGAGGAGCAGGGUGAUAACCUUGAGGUGGUAGAGAUUGUCAAGUACAAGCUCAUGUUUUCGAACCGACCCGAGCCUGUUGGAACGGCAAAUGCUUCAUGA